AUGUCUACUGCGCACAAACCUACGUGGACUCCGGCUGCUGGACGAGGAACGGGGAAUGGGGCGAUUUCCUCUUCCGGAUAUCUGACGGGAGGUGGGAGAUGGGCGAGGUCGCUCAAGUGUAGGCAGUUUGAGUAUGCACUUCUCGGCAAAGGAUCUUCCCGGACAUUUGAAGUUGAAAAUGAGGUAGAAGUGAUUCCCGAGGUCAAACCGCCUCAAGACAUCAAGCCAAAAGAAAAAGAAGAAGAUGAGGUGAAAAAAGAGCUUCCCGUAGUUUUACAAAAACCCGAGCCAAAAGUGAACGAUGAUUUUGGUGAUUUUGACGAUUCUGACGAGAGCGACAGCGAGGAAUCAUCUUCCGAAUCAGACUCAGAAGACGAUACUGCCUUGCUGAUGAAAGAAUUAGAGCGCGUAAAGAAAGAGAAGGAAUUGGCCAAGCAGAAAGAAGAAGAAGAAAAGGCGCAGAUGGAGGCGGCUCUCAAUCGCGAGGAGAUGAUUCACUCGAACCCGUUGCUAUUUAAUACGGGAGAUACGUUAAAGCGAAGAUGGGACGAUGACGUGGUGUUCCGAAAUCAAGGAAAGACCGAGAAACGGCCAAAGCGGUUUAUAAACGACACGAUCCGAAAUGAUUUCCAUGUAAACUUCAUGAAUACAGUUUUUCGACAAUGA